AUGCAGAAUCCUAAGAAUGGCAGUCACUGUUUGGCUAUCACUAAUUAUAGUGUUAAGGCCACCAUUGAUCCUCCCAUACAUGUAGUUGAUGAAUCUAGGGAUAAUAUGGUUGAUGUAGAUAAGGCACAUAAAGCAGAAUCUAAAAUGUUUGUGACUAGUGAUAUUGAAGAAGAAAUAAAAGAAAGGGAAGUAUCAAAAGUCCUAGUCGAAGUUGAAGGAAUUCUGAAAGAUAUGAGAGUGAUAUUUGUGAUUGAUACUAUUGAUGAUGAUGCAGUAACUGUACCUAUUGAAGAGAGACUUCGGGUUGAGGCAUUGGCAACGGUUAUCAUAAAGUUUGAUAGCAAUGCCAUUGAUGAGAUUGUGAGUGCAUUAUACGGUAGAGGGGCAGAUAAUACCUUAUCAGAUGUUAUUAUUAUGGACUUAUUAGAGGCACAGGUUGAAUCAUUGAUUUUAGUGUUGCAGAGGUACAAGAGGGCCAUUGAAUGGGCCAUUGCAGAAAUUGUAGGGAUUCCACUCGGUAUUUUCACUCAUAAGAUACAUCUUGAACCUGAGUGUAUACCAAGCAUCGAGCACCAGCGUCAGUUGAAUCCUCCUAUGCAGGAGUUUUUGGCAAAUACUUCUAAGAUUGAUCACCACAUGGAUGAAAUAGGAAAAGUGAAGAUGAAGCAGAUUGGGUUGGAUAAUAAGUUUACCCACUUCAGGUUUGACUGGUGGACUAGCCAGAAACUGGCAGGUGUUCAGGCCCCAGAUCUGGCAGAUGUGCAUGAUAAGUUGGAUGUGUUUCGAGCGAGACCUGAUCACCAAGUUGUGCAAUUUGAUCUUAAUAAUGAUGAGGAUGGAAUAGAUGGAGCUGGUGCAACUGGAUCUAAGUUCAAUAUUACAAAACAACAUAAGAAAGAGAAAGAACACUAUCAGGACAUGGCACACUUGAAGACGCAGAUGGAUUUGUUGACCAAGCACUUAUUAUCUGCAAAGACUAAAAAAGUAAAAGUUGUUGCAUCCCAAGGUAGAGACGAUUCUGAUUUGGAAGAAGAGGCAAACUAUCUAAAUAAUCAGGGGGUUUCCAAGGCAACAUCCAAGGAAAUUAAGAAGGGCAUUUUUCUCAGACACAAAAUUUCAGAAAACAGGAUUGAAGUUGAUCGAGCUAAAGUUGAGGUUAUAAAGAAACUUCCACCUCCUAUUUCAGUGAAGGGGGUGCAAAGUUUCCUUGGUCAUGCUGGCUUCAAUAGAAGGUUCAUAAAGGAUUUCUCCAAGAUUGCAAACCCCCUUUGUGAACUUUUGGAUAAGGAAGUUAAAUUCUCAUUUGAUGAUAAUUGCUUGAAGGUAUUUGAAUGCCUUAAAGGGAAGUUGGUUGAUGAUCCUAUUAUCGUUGCACCAGAUUGGUCAAAGCCAUUUGAGAUCAUGUGUGAUGCAAGUAGUGUUUCCCUUGGAGUUGUGAUGGGAUAA